CCAGUAAUUGUACUCCGUUAUCGUCCCACAGUUUUUUUGGGUCUCUCGGUCUGGAGAUAUACCUCUUGUCUCUCGACAUCCCUUCUUUUUCCAGCUGGCACCCCCCGCCUCGUCGUUCGUUCUCUUUACGACCUCCGUACACUGUCACCACUGUUCCACCAGCUAUUCCAUGCUUGAGGGGGCCAAAGAAAGGUCACAACUCACAUCUUGACCCGUCUCAUGUCGGUCCUUUUGAUUUAAUCAACCAACAAAGAGGCUCCAUCAGAUCGAAACUAGGGCGCGCCCGCGCCCUUACUACUCCUCUGCCCUCUUUCACCAACCUCAACCACUUUUCUCCCUCUCACACGACCUUGACACAGUCAGUGACCGUUUCGUUGUAAACUUAACUUUCCAUGUGGCGUUGAUAUCUCCCCGACAAACUUUGUCUCUCCUUUGUACAUAAGGUUCCCCCCCAAAAAAGAGAUUCACCAUGGGGGUGGAAGAUUCGCGCAAGCUUCAAGAACCACUGCUUGAGGAAAAGGCUGGUUUAUCUCCAUCUUCAUCUUCUUCUUACGACGACGAUGACCUUUCUCUCACCGGUGCACCAUCGCGAAUCCUUUCCAAAGCCGCCAUGCUUUUCCGACCUCACCAUGCCUACCGGCUGGGUAAACGGUUCGCGUACUGCUUCGUCCCUCAACUCCUCAGAUCUCGGAUAUGGGACGAUGAGGCGCCGAAAUCGAAACAGUUCUCGACCAGCUACCUCAACGGCCUCCGCGGCAUCACCUCCAUCAAGGUCUUCACUUUCCACUGGCUGAUGGCGUUCAGCGGCGCCGGGUUCAUGCCCUGGGGUUGUGACGACCGCCACAAGUACGUCCUGGAACUGCCCAUCAUUCGGUACUUUUACGCCGGCUUCACCGCCCACGUCUUUUUCGGCAUCGCCGGCUACCUCACGACGUUGCGACUGUUUCAACUCAUCGACCGACACGACCAGGCCUCCCAGUCCAAGGUCCUCCUCAAUGUGUCGGGCGCCCUGUUCCGCCGCGCCUUCAGGCUCUACCUCCCGACCUUCAUAAUCACCCUCGUCACCGCCCACUACAUCUACUUUGGAUUCUACGAGGCGAACCGCCCCUUCCUGCUCGACCACGGCAAGCUGUUCCCGGGAGACUGGAACGAGCCCAAACCCGAACGGUUCGCGUCGUACUGGAUGCAGAUGAAAUUCUGGGGCCGGGAGAUGUUCGACCUGACAAACAUCUUCACCUACGGCGCCGUGUACCCGUGGCACGACCAGCACCUGUGGUCGAUCCUCGCGGAAAUGAAGGGUUCGAUGUUCCUGUACAUGAUCCUGAUCGCCACCGCGCAGUGUCGGGUCUACGUCCGUUUCGCCGUCAUGUGCGCCAUGACCUACCUCUACUUCCUCUGGAACCACUGGGAGAUUUGGGUCUACAUCCUGGGCGCCAUCGUGGCUCAGAUCGACCUCCUCCUGACCGAACGUGACGAGAAGAACAAACAAGUCCUGCCGACGCCUUGCGCGGACCGUUUCCCGCCGUCCCCACCUCGAUCCCCGGCGCCGGAAGAGAUGAUGAUGAUGAAGAAGCGCGAGCGUGAACAGCACGGCGGCGGCUGGAAACGGUACUACAGACACAACUUGCCCACCGCUGGACGUACGUGGUCGAGGGCUUUUGGGUUUUUCGUGGCCUUUUACUUCUUGUCUUACCCGAUCCACGGUGCUAGAGACCCCGCGCCGGGAUACAUGUUGCUUAACAAGCUCAUUCCGGAGUGGAUGGACCGGAAGGACAAGUUUUACGCCAACAUCGGCACCGCCAUUCUGUUGUUGUUGCUCGCUCGUUCCGACCCCCAGACGUCCAAGUGGAGACGGAUCCUCAACAGCGGUCUGGCUCAGUAUUUCGGCAAGAUCAGUUUCGGUCUGUACCUGACCCACGGACCCGUCCUGCACGCCUUCGGUUACAUGAUCCCCCAGAGGAUCUGGUGGAUGAUGGGGACCCAGGGGGUCGACACGACCGACGCCGUCUGGACGGCGGUGAUUGUCAUCGGAUGGGUCAUCAACCUCGCGUCUUGUCUCUGGGUCGCCGACGUCUGGACACGAGAGGUCGAAAGUCGCUGCGUCAAGGCCGUCAAGAAGUUGGAAGAUCUUUGUUUUGUCAAGACCAAAUAGAGUUGAAACUUGACAAAGCUGGUGAACUUGAUUGCCACCAGGGCUGAUGGUUCAAAGGAAGUCGGCAGAAAAUUCUCCUAAUUUUUGCUUGUUAGAAUCAAGUUCUCUUUAGCGAUGGGGUUGUGCUGGCGUUUUUUUUUCUUGGGGGGGCGCUUGGUUUUCCACUUUUCAAUGCAUAUGACAUUGCAUCACAAGUACAGUGUCACUCCAUUUUGCAUUGUGCUGCAUGGGGGAAUGGGAAUGAACAAACUGGACGAUUGGAAUUGCAAAUGGGAAAAUUGAGAAAUUGAGCCGAGAGAUUUGCAUAGAUCAAGACAAAGACUAUGCAUGCAUUAAUGGCAAUACUUUGUUAUCAUUGCCAAUGGCUUAUCCAAGAAGGAACCUUUCAAAGUCAAUCAGAAAAUCAGAUAUCAAAGAAUGAAAAACAAAUGUUCAAAAACCAUCUCUGAAACAUUCUGUAUGUAUACCAGUACUCAAAAU